AUGGACUCUAGUCACCAGAUUGCGUCCACCAACGAUCAUGGAGGAACCAGUACAGCCAAAGACAUGAUGUCUGACCCAAAGAUUUACUGCCUUGUCUCCAGCCACUCCUUCGCCUCCAUGCAGCCCUCCACCUCCCUUGGCCCCUCCGAGCUCUCCUGCGACCCCGCCAACCAUUGUGGCUCCGCCUCCCACCCCUUCAGCCAAUCAUUGUCCUCUUGCGACACAGAGGUGUCGGCCCACGCCCCCGGGUUGCACUCCCAGUCCUUCAGGAAGGAGCCUCGUACCCGGGGUCUACCCCGCACCUCCAGCUCUGCCGGAUCAGCCUUCCCCGACCCCUCCCUGCCCUCAGCUGACUUCAGCCUCUACCCCCCUCCUUGGAGAGGGGGCCUGGACCCGGUGUGUGAGCUGGAAGCUGCCAGACCCCGCCGGKCAGGUGCUGAAGCUGGAGGACWGGGGAAUAGGGAGGGGGCUGGAGGACAGGGGAAUAGGGAGGYGGCUGGAGGACAGGGGAAUAGGGAGGGGGCUGCGGCUGAAAGACUCUGCCAGCAUCCGGACCAGGCCUCCACCUCAGGCUGCUCCACAGCCUGCUACAGACACCAGCAGGACUCCUGUAGACACCAGCAGGACUCCUGCAGGCAAGGGCUGGCAGGGAAGGGGGGGUCAGGUUUGUACCAGGCCGACCAGGGUGGUGGGGGGAAGGUCAGUGCAGACAGCCUCCGUAGCCUGAGCACGCGUAGCAGCGGCUCGACAGAGAGUUACUGCAGCGGUACCGACAGAGACACCAACAGCACUGUCAGCAGCUUCCACAGCGAGCAGACCAGCUCCACGCACGUGGAGAGUUUACUGUCCCUGUCAGGGGAUGAGCAGCGUGGGACUGGGAGGGACAGGGGAGGUGGGGAUGCUGCUGCUACUGGGCCCGGGCCCACCUCGACAGGGGAGGGCAGGACUUCUACUCUGGGGUCCAGCCUGGGUUCUAGUAUCUCAAGAGGACUGAACAGCCUGCCUUCCAGGGAGGCGAAUAAGAACCCCCAUGCCAACGAGCUGACAGCCAAACAGCCCUCCUCCUCCGCCACGUCCCCCUCUAUCACCAACCCUAAWCCCCCAGCCUCGGCCCAGGAGCCUCCGGCAGGCUCGUCCUACAGCAGUAGCACGAGGACCAGUGCAGACGGCUCGGCGUGCACAGCCAGCAGGGAACAGGACGUAACUUUACAGGACAGGGGGAGAGGAGAGAAAGAGGUGGUAAAGUCCGCCAACCUCGUCCAACGAACUUCUUCCUCCUUGGGCGCCGGGCGCAACAGCGGGCGCCGUCGGACCGGUAAGAAACGGGCGAGCAGCUUCGAUGCCAGCCGCCACAGGGACUACAUGUCGUUGCGUGGCAUGGCCAAGCCGCGCAGUGCGGUAUUCGCUGCCGGGGGUGGUGAGGAGGACUGGAGCGAAGCCAGUGACCUUAGCUGUGCUUCCAGCCUUCAGUCCACCCAAUCACAUCACUUCAGCACUGACUCCUCCUCCUCCACCACCUCCCAUUCUUGCCACUCUCCCGAGGGACGCUACCGCGCCCUGAAAGUCAAGCACAGUCCCUCCCACAGCCACUCCCACAGCCACUCCCACGCCCACAGCCACUCCCACACAGCCGCCGCCACCACCACAGCCUCCACCUCCUCCUCUUCACAGAAAGCUCAGGCCGGAUAUGAGGCGGGAGGAGGGAGGGCCGGGGGAAGAGGCAAGCGCCGCACCUCUGGUCGGACACCCAGCACGGGCAGCGCCAAAACCCACGCCCGGGUGCUGAGCCUGGACAGCGGCACAGCGGCGUCCGCCUGCCUUAACGAGCCCCAUCGCCUGGGGGCCCCCGCCACCGGGCUGCGACCCCUCACCACCUCCAAAUCUGACCUGGAAGCCAAAGAGGGGGAGGUCCUGGACGCUGCGUCCCUAUUGGGCAGGGCCUCACAGCUGGAGUCAGUAACCAGGUCCAGGAAUAGUCUACCCAGCCAGACAGCCUUCUCUUCAGAGCCCCUGGACGCUACCACCGCCGGCUCUUCACGAG